GCCACUCAGCGGCAUUGAAACCUCCUUUGACCAAUAAGACCGCUGAAAUGCUCUGCAUUUGAGUACCUGCAUCGUAAGCUGCAUAGCUUCCACCCUACGACACCCUACCCGGGCGGGCAUGUACCUCUCAUGUACUCCAAAAGAACCAAAAUGUGCCUGAAGGAGGCUCCUAAGUAAAAAGAUAAGAAUACCUCAGUGACUGUUCUCAAAACUACACACGCGCGACCUUACUUUGUAAGCCAUAUUGUCUUAUCUCACCUUAUCUGAACGCUCAAAGCCUCAUCACUAUGACCGACUACAACCAGGUACAUGAGAACGAACUGGGCAGCGAUGCCUUGGCCAACAAUCCUACUUUUCAGCAUAACACUGCAUAUUACGACCUUCACGACCCAAUGAACGGUCUUCCUGCUCCUCAGGCUGCCCCACUUUCGGGAGUACAGCUGCAGGAGCAUGGAAGGUAAUUUUUUUUGUUAACACGGAAAUGCUGAUUCGAUAACGGGAUAUUGCAUCCACGGAGAAACAAUCUAUUCUAGGGCACGGACCACGGACUUCAACUACACUAUAUUUAGACUGACCUAAACUAUAUCCGGUUACUUGCGAUAUUCGCUAAAGCACCCCACAGCAGGAUAUGGUCAAAUCAUUGCUAGAUAUGGUAUGGUUGAGGCGUGUGGUCCGUGCCCUAUGAAUUGUUUCUUAGUGGAUGCGGUAUGUACGUAGGUAGUCAAAGCCACUUCCCAUACGCUUCCGCUAUAGGAGCCUUGACCUGCGUUGACUCCACGUGCUACAAAACCUUCGGGACGAAUGAGCAACUCCGGAAGCAUGGCGAAAAAGAGGGACACAAUGCUUACGGAUGUAUCUGUGGCACCACAUUUACUCGGCUUGAUGCCCUCAACCGCCACAUUAGCUCCAAGUCUCGCAAUGCCGCCCAGUACUUGUGCGAAUAUUGUUAUGCUUACCAAGGCGAGAACGCCUUUUCCCGUCGAGACCAUCUUACUCAGCACUUGAAAGUUUACCACAGGAUCGACACAGCGGACAAACUUGGCCAGCACAAGCUCAGGAGGUCUAAGAAGGCUACCGUCGCGCCUGGCCCCCAAGCUUCUAUGCCUUUGAUGCCCCCCUACCCUUGCCCCGUACUCGGUUGCCCUAAAAUGGGAUAUGACGGUUAUCUUCGAAAUGUAGAUCUUGAUGAACAUGUAGUUAUGAUGCAUCCUUCAACUUUGAUGUAUCCCUACAACACUCAAGAGCAUGCUUUCGACCAGCAGUACCAGGUCCCUAUGCAACCAGACCAGCAAAACAUCGGAUCCGGCUCGAUCUAAUAAGGUCGUAGACCUAACUGAUCUGAGAUAUAGUCCGCCACGGUCAUACUCAUUGUUAUUGUUGACAACUGGCUCUUCUUAACGAACUAAGCGUUAACAUCCGACGUCAUCGAAGGAGCAAGACCUUUGAGUGCGCUUAUGCUUCAUCUACCUUUCUACUAUGAUACUGAAUGUUUGGGAUGGUCACCAUGUAGAGUCUAUAGACUCAUUUUCAUCUUGGUAAAAAGGAGGGACUUUAACGAUGUUAACGACUUUCCUAUGUAUCUUGGCUAUUACUGCCAUAGCUCGCUCUUUACAUGGAUAUUAAGUGUGUUCUUCCUAUUAAUACUUUGUUUUAACUAUAUAACUACCUACCGUGACUAUGAACCUAUCGAUAAACUCUUCUGAAUUAUGAUAUGCAUCUAUCAUGAAUUUGCGUACACUAACGAUUAGGAUGAAGCUCGCUCCUGUGAUCUAGUAGUUGGCACUUACACAAU